AUGAUGGAUCACAACUCUUCUUGUCAUGGUGACAAGUUCCAAGUGCAGUUAUUGCCUUCAAUGUACGGUGUUGAGUUCUGCGUGGCGUUAGUUGGUAACCUGUUUGCCCUGAGGCUCCUGGCGACCAGGGAUAGGAACAGCUGGCACACUGGUGUGGUGCUGUCCUGUAACCUGGCCAUCAGUGACCUGCUCUAUGUCCUCACCCUGCCGCUGCUCAUAGUCUACUACAUGCAGGACAAGAACUGGCUGUUUGGGAUUGCGGUCUGUAAGAUAGAACGCUUCCUCUUCACCUGCAACCUGUAUGUUAGCAUCUACUUCAUCAUGUUUAUCAGUGUGAACCGCUAUGUGGCCAUUGUGUACCCCUUCUUCAGCCGGAACCAUGUGAACCCCGCCAAAGCCAAGGCUGCCAGUGUCAUCAUCUGGAUCUUUGUGACAGCCAUCUCCUCUCCUGUGUUGAAGUUUGCCUCCACAUGUCCAGAGGGAAGUAACAAAACCUGUUGUGUAUCCUACUCCUAUUGCACCAACAGUGAUGCAGUUGCAUACUCUCACUUGUUUUACAAAGUCUUUCUGUCUGUGGUUGGGUGUUUUAUUCCCUUCCUGGUCACAUUUGCAUCAUACUGCGCAGUGUUGAGGGUGGUGUGGAGGAAUGUGAAUAUAACCUCCCUGGAGAAACGGAAGGUGGCCCUGAUGGUGUUUGCAGUGGUUGUGCUGUAUGCCAUUUCCUUUGUGCCUUAUCACCUCCUCCAGAGCUACUAUUUCUACCAGAAGGUUCACAAACUUGGCUCUGUCUGCGACUGGGUGUACAAGGCCUACCAAGUGUCCAAGGGACUGGCUACACUGAACAUGUGCAUCCAUCCACUGCUCUACAUGGCUGUGUUUGAUAACAUCAGAGUGGCCUGCUGUGGAAGGAGCUCAGCAGAUAUGGCAUUGAAUAAUACAUGA